AUGGCAAAAACCAUCGCCUCCCUCCUCCUUGCCCAUCCCCUCCCCACCCUCCACGAUGUAAUCAUCAUCGGCGCCGGACCCUGCGGCCUGGCCGUCGCCGCGCGACUAAACGAACAAACACCCUCCGCCAUGUUCACCGACGAAGAACACCAGCGCUACCACUGGAUCAACAAGCAUAGCGGACGGAUGACGCUCGUGCAGGCACACGGGAAGAAACUCAAUGCCGUCAAGGCGGAGAAGUGGCAGAGCUACGACAAGCGGCAGCGGCAGCGUUCGCAUCGACGUUCAAGUUCGUCGUCUACAGCCCCGGAUACUUCAGGAGCGGCAACUCUCUCCUCUCCGCCGUCGUUGUCUUCGAGCCCGUCGUCGGUGGACGAUGGGCAGGAGACGCAGAUGCAGGCGAUGGGCAGGAAGGGAGGAAUCUCGAUGGUGGUGUUGGAUGGGACCGCUGCGGGGUGGAUGGAGCGGUGGCACCGGGCGUUCAAGACGCUUGAGAUUGCUCAGCUGCGCAGCCCGAUGUUCUUCCAUGUGGAUCCCGCCGACCGGGACGGGAUGCUGGCGUAUACGCAGGAGACGGGGCGGGAGAAGGAUCUGUGGGAGAUUCCGGGGUGUGUGGGGAAAGAGGUGAGCAAGCAUAAGAAGAAGAAGAAGAGGUUGCGGGGGAAGCCUGUGGCGAUUGGCGAGGUGGAGAUCGAUGAACGAGAUCGGAAGGAUUACUUCUCGCCGUCGACAGGGCUGUUUGCGGACUACUGUGCUAGUAUUAUUGAGCGGUAUGGGCUGGAUGCACCUGGUCUGGUUCUCCAGAAUGAGGUCGAUGAUGUCCGUUAUGGCGUUCAUGAGCAGAUCUCGCCGGGCGAGAAGAUCUUUACAGUGACUGCCAGUGACGGGAGGAAGUUUUACAGUCAGGCUGCGGUGUUGGCUAUUGGGCCGGGCAAGACGAAGGUCUUUCCGUUUGAAAUGUCUGCCGAGGAGAAAAUGGGUGCUUGCCAUAGCAGCGAGAUCCAGACAUUCCCUAGUCCUAAUGUGAAAAGGAAAAUACAGCAGAGACAGGAGACGAAUGUCGUCGUCGUCGGUGGAGGGCUGUCCUCUGCACAGAUUGUCGACAUGGCUGUUCGAAAGGGUGUCACCAAGGUGUGGUUCAUCAUGCGGUCAGACCUCAAGGUGAAACACUUCGACAUCAGUCUGCCUUGGAUGGGCAAGUUCCGAAACUUUGAGAAAGCAGCAUUCUGGGGCGCAGACACCGACGAAGAACGUCUCGAGACGAUCAAAAUAGCCCGUAACGGCGGCAGCAUGACGCCGCGCUACCAGAAAAUCGUGAAGCACCACGCAGCCCGCAACAAAGUCUCUAUCCACACGCGCACCGUCAUCUGCAGCAAGGAAUACUGCCCCGCGUCGCAGACAUGGCGCAUGAAGUGCGACGUCCAGGAGCUGCCGCUCUUAAACCAAAUGCACCGCGACUACCCUAUCGAGACGAAGCAAGGGCUCCCGUGCAUCACAGAUGAUCUGAUGUGGCGGGCUGAUGUGCCUCUGUUCUUGACAGGAAGGCUGGCUUCGCUGCGUAUCGGCCCUGGGGCGCCGAACCUUGAAGGAGCACGGCUGGGGGCUGAGAGGAUUGCGUGGGCCAUGGAGGAGGUGCUAGGCAGGAAGGAGGCGGAGGAUGAUGAGGUGGGACGGUCCAGAGGGUGUUUUUGUGGGCUGGGGAACCGAUAUGCUGAGUUGUUGAACGAGGGAGAAUUCGAUUGGGAGGAAUAG